ACCGUCCGGCUCGCCCGCCACAGGCACAGCCACGCCGCGGCCGAGCGUUCCGUGCGCCGCGCUCCGCGGAGCCAGAAUGGGGCUUCGGGCGCUGGGCGCGCUCCGGUCGCGGCGCACGUAAGAACCGAAGAGCGCCAGGAGCCGUCCCGCUGCCCGGAGCCCCAUCGCCUGGAACCAGGAGGAGAUGCGGGGAAUACCGCCGCCCGUUCCCCAAGGAGCCGCCGCCUCCGGGAUCCCCGGGUGCGGUGCGCGCCCCGGCCAGCAGCAGCAGCAGCAGCGCCUGGAGAAGACGGCGCGCCCUACGUCCGACCCGCGCGACCCGGGCAGCGCCGCGCCAGCCCUCUAGGCGACCGCAGGGCCACAGCAGCUCCGCCGCAGGUGUCCCUCGGAAGCCAUGACCCCCGGCGCGGGCCCAUGGAGCCAUGGCCUAUAGGGUCCUGGGCCGCGCGGGGCCACCUCAGCCGCGGAGGGCGCGCAGGCUGCUCUUCGCCUUCACGCUGUCGCUGUCCUGCACUUACUUGUGCUACAGCUUCCUCUGCUGUUGCGACGUCCUGGGCCGGAGCCGCCUUCUCGGAGCGCCCCGCUGCCUCCACGGGCCCGGCGCGGGCGGCCAGAAACUUCUCCCGAAGUCCCGCCCUUGCGAUCCCCCUGGGCCGACGCCCAGUGAGCCCAGCGCUCCCAGCGCGCCCUCCGCCGCCGCCGCCGCCGCCGUGCCCGCCCCUCGCCUCUCGGGUUCCAACCACUCGGGCUCGCCGAAGCUGGGAACCAAGCGGCUGCCCCAAGCCCUCAUUGUGGGUGUAAAAAAGGGGGGCACCCGGGCCGUGCUGGAGUUUAUCCGUGUGCACCCGGACGUGCGGGCCUUGGGCACGGAGCCCCACUUCUUCGACAGGAACUACGGCCGAGGACUAGACUGGUACAGGAGCCUCAUGCCCAGGACCCUGGAUACACAAAUCACCCUGGAAAAGACCCCCAGCUACUUCGUCACGCAAGAGGCCCCUCGCCGCAUCUUCAACAUGUCGCGACACACCAAGCUGAUCGUGGUGGUACGGAACCCCGUGACCCGCGCCAUCUCAGACUACACCCAGACGCUGUCCAAGAAGCCGGACAUCCCCACCUUCGAGGGCCUCUCCUUCCGCAACCGCACGCUGGGGCUGGUGGACGUGUCGUGGAACGCCAUCCGCAUCGGCAUGUACGCGCUGCACCUGCAGAGCUGGCUGCAGUACUUCCCGCUGGCACAGAUCCACUUCGUCAGCGGCGAGCGGCUCAUCACCGACCCAGCCGGCGAGAUGGGGCGCGUCCAGGACUUCCUGGGCAUUAAAAGAUUCAUCACGGACAAACACUUCUACUUCAACAAGACCAAAGGAUUCCCUUGCCUGAAAAAAACAGAAUCCAGCCUGCUGCCUCGUUGCCUGGGCAAAUCCAAGGGGAGAACUCAUGUACAGAUUGACCCUGACGUUAUAGACCAGCUCCGGGAAUUUUAUAGACCUUAUAAUAUCAAAUUUUAUGAAACAGUCGGUCAGGACUUCAGGUGGGAGUGAGCUACCAACAUACAAAGCCUCCUUUGCGGGUUUCGCUCUCAGAGCUUCCUCUCCUUGUUCCCGCCACGCCCAGGCUCCGUCUCCCUUUCCCAAUUCGAAUUCCAUCAUCCUGGAACUCAGACGCCCAGUGAAGGCCAAAAGACCA